GUCACAGCCUCCUCUGUAACUUAAUUACUAGGUAGCUUAGACCGGGACAUGUCUGGGAGCAAGGUGAUUAGUGUUCUCGAUACGAAGGUGCUCGCUGUUAAAGGUGGCACCAUGACGCAGCCGGCUGCCGCUGCCACCACCGGCCGAGCUUGUUCGCCGUCCGUGUGGGGCGACUUCUUCGUCACUUACAUUCCUCCCAAACCACAGAGGUCGGAGGAGUGGAUGAGAGAACGGGUGGAUCGGCUAAAGAUGCAGGUGGGCUGCAAAAUUUUGAAGACCAUAAAUGUGCCCUACACGGUGAUGCUAGUGGACGUGCUCGAACGCCUCCAUAUAGACAACCACUUCCGUGACGAGAUUGCCACAGCGUUACAGCAUGUAUUUCACCACGAUGAACAGCAGAAAGCUGCCGCUGGCUUUGACGAUGGUGACCAGCUCUACCUCGAAUCCCUUAGAUUUCGUCUACUUCGCCAGCACGGUUUCUGGGUAUCUGCAGAUGUAUUCGACAAGUUCAAAGAUAGCACGGGUUGUUUUAGAGAGAGCCUAAGCACGGAUGCAAGGGGCCUGCUAAGCCUAUACAAUGCAGCGCACCUCGCCAUGCCCGGUGAAGCGGCACUCGAUGACGCCAUCGCGUUCUCGAGACGGAGCCUCCAGUCCCUGCAAGGUGCACUGAGGUCACCCAUGGCCAAGCAGGUCUCCCGCGCCCUCGACAUCCCUCUCCCGCGGGCGCCCAAGCUGCUGGAGACGAUGCACUACAUCACCGAGUAUGAGCAGGAGGCGGCGCACGACGGCAUGGUGCUAGAGCUCGCGAGGCUGGACUUCGAGCUCGUCAGAUCUCUUUACCUCAAGGAGCUCAAGGCCCUCUCCUUGUGGUGGAGACAACUUUAUGACAGCGUGCAGCUAAGCUACGCUCGAGAUUGCCUAGUAGAGUCUUACUUUUGGACCUGUGCCAUGUUCCACGGGGAGGACUACUCUCGUGCGCGAAUCAUAUUUGCUAAGGUGUUUCAACUUAUGACCAUGACGGAUGACAUCUAUGAUAUCCACGCCACCUUGGAGGAGUGUUAUAAGUUUAACGAAGCUGUACAGAGAUGGGACAAGAGUGCGGUUUCUAUUCUACCAGAAUACCUGCGCAACUUUUACAUAAGGAUUCUCAAUGACUUUGAUGAGAUGGAGGACAGCUUGGAGCCAGAUGAGAAGCACCGCAUGUCUUACGUGAAAUCUUCGUUCAAGCAGCAGUCAGAAUACUACCUCCGUGAGGCCCAAUGGUCGAGCGACAAGCACAUGCCCAGCUUCGCCGAGCAUCUGGACGUGUCUUUCAUGUCAAUUGGCUACCCAACAAUGGCUGUGGUGGUGCUAUUGUGCGCACGCGACGGCGACGGUGCGGCGGCGUCCAUGGAGGCAUCCGAGUGGGCGCCCAGCUUGGUCCGCGCCGGCGGCGAGGUCACCCGCUUCCUCAACGACAUCGCCUCCUACAAGACCGGGAAGAGCGGCAAGGACGCGGCGAGCACGAUCGAGUGCUACAUGGCGGAGCGCGGCGUGGGCGGGGAGGAGGCCGUGGCGGCGGUGGCCGCGCUGGUGGAGAGCGCGUGGAGGACGAUCAACAGGGCGUGCGUCGAGAUGGAUCCCAACCUGCUGCCGGCGGCGCGGCUGUUGGUGAACCUUGCGACGACACCGGAGGUCAUCUACUUCGGCGGCAGGGACGGCUACACCGUCGGCGCCGACCUCAAGGGUCUCGUCACCGCCCUCUUCCUCGACCCCCUUCGCGUUUAAUCAGGCACAGCAAUCAUAGACGUACGCGUUCCUGUCCAGCAUAUAUAUGUUAUAUACUAUAUAUGUACGUACAUGUAAUCAGUUGUUUUAUGUAUGCUUAUGUUAGAAACGAGAAAUUUACCGUACUUUGAGAAAGUAUUUGAGGUAUGAGGGAUGCUACAGAACGGGAUCCCGUUGCAACGGGAUAAGGCAUAUUAACUAUUCUCUUGCAUGAGUAUGACA